AUGAAGUUCCUCGUAACUGCUCUGCUUGCUCUCCUGCCCGUGGCCCUUGCGGCCAAGUCUCUCACAUCCGUGAUUGUUUCCUUCCCCGAGGGGACCCCGUCGGGGGUGGUGGAGAAGGCAAAGGAUGCCAUCGUGGCUGGUGGCGGCGUGAUCACUCAUGAAUACCAUCUGUUCCCGGGCUUUGCGGCCGAGGCUGCGGUCAAUACACUCCAGACCCUCUCGACGCAGGAUGCUACUUACAAACCUAAUAUUGAGGUGGACAAGAUUGUCACCACCAAUGGCGAAUACGCUGAGGCAUCCAGAUUCACACUCUCGGGGUUGUUAAUCCUGUACAUUAGAAACGCACUCCUGCAGGCGGCCUCAAAUGCCGAGCCAUCAGCAUCGGGCGUGGAUGAUCGCCCCGCUCAGUCGGAGUCUCCUCCUUCCCCCGAAACGCGAUCGCGUGGACCCGCUGCUUCGCAACUUAGUUCUCUCCUUCAUCUACCGGCCUUGUCCCAUGCCUGUGCUCGUCUUGUCGCUGGCGCAGCCUGGAGGAAUGAGAUCUACAAGGCCAUACCCUUGCUCGUUCCGUCUCUCACACAAUUGAACUCACACUCAUUCGCCAUGGCCCAGGAACACACCGUGACCAAAGUCCUCCUGGAAUGGAUCAACAGCUUCUCCUUGGGCAAGACCCUCCGCAACACCGAUGAAUUGACCGACGGCAUCAUUCUCUGGGAGAUUCUCCAAGACAUCGAUCCGCAAUAUUUCCUCGAGGAGAUCCCCGAACGCGAUCCCGCCGACCACUGGGUGGCCAAGUGGCAGAACCUGAAACACAUUCAUAAGCUCUUGCUGAAUUACAUCCGACACCAGAAUGAUGAGACCCUUCCCUCCGGACUCGACCCGUCGCCCGAUCUCGAAGGCAUUGCGGAGAAAGCCUCGGUCAAGGAAACGAACAAAUUGCUCAAGUUACUGCUGAUUGCCGCCAUCAGCUCUCCUAAUGCGGGAACCUACGUGCAGACCCUCCAAUCACUGACGACGUCGACGCAGGAGGGACUGAAGGAAAUCAUUGAAGAGGCGCACAAUGGGCAGCAUGAGCCACUCGAUGGUGUGGACGAGAUCCCUGAAGAACCGGCCAAGGUGGACCACUCGGUGGAUCUGGAGCUACAAUUCGAGGAGCGCGUCGGCAAAGUGAUUGCGGAAAACGAUCGCCUGACUCAUGAGAAGAAGGAACUCGAGAAGGCUCUGGAAGAUCUGCACAAUCGUCUGGCACGUCUGCAGGAGAACAACGACACGCUGCAGAACCGAUUGGCGUCGACCGAGGACCGCCUGGUCACCCUCAAAUCGGGCAAGGGGGAUCUGGGAUUCAAUGCUAAGGCACUCGAGAGCAAAACACGCCAGCAGGACGAUCUGAUCGCGUCGCAGGAGGCCAAGUUGAGCGCCGCACAGGAUGAAAUCGACAGUCUGCGGAUGACGGUGGAGUCCCUGAAGGUCAAGAAUCAGCGAUACCAGAAACUCCAGGAUGACUACGACGAGCUGCGCACCGAGAAAGACCAAUUGGCACGAAAGGCCAACGCAGCGGAGAAAUAUCGACAGAAGCUGCAAGCCAGUCAGGACUUUGAGAAGGAGAAUCAGGUGCUGAAGAAUCAGAUCAAAGACAUUCAGCAGCAGCUCAAGGAGGCGGAUUCUCAGCAACGGUGGUCUGCCGAGCGGGAAGUCGAGCUUGAGGAGUAUCGCAAACUCCUGCCUCGUAUCGAACAAGAGUGCAAUGAGAUUCAGAACCUCAAGAAGCAGCUGGAAUUCAACAAUCAUGCGCUUACGGAGCGUCUGCAGAGUGCCGACGAGCAGCACGAAAGAGAUGAUGCGCUGAUCAGCGAACUGCGCGAACGACUGGGGGAGCUGGAUGGUCUGCCUGGCAGUCAAUCUCCUGGCUCCGAGACGCCCAAGCUGCAGGGUACACUCAGCAAGGAUUUUGAGGCCAUCGGCGUGGGAGAGUCACAGCUGAAAGCCGAACAGGACGAUUCCAAGUCCAUGAAAGGAUCCUCAGUCGCUCCCGAGGGAAUGUUUUCAGAGAAUUUCAAUGCUUCCGUGGAACUGGCUCGAGCUAAUUCCACACAGAGCGACGAAUACUGGAAGCUCUACGAAAUGUACACGGCUUCACUCAAGAAGAUUGCUGAGCUGCAGGCUACUCUGGAGAGCACAAAGAAGGAGCUUGGAGACGCACAUACUCAGAUCUCUCUCUUCUCUACUGAAAAAUCCGAUCUUCUCGGGGAGCUUGAAGAGCACAAUUCAGCCGAGUUGGCCAAACUCCGGAGCGAAUGGGAUAGUCUCACACAAAAUAUCCAUCACUUGGAAGCAGAGGUUGAUGCGAGUCAGACACUGGUGCGAGAGGUCUGCUCUGAGCGGGAGGAGUUGCGCAAGAUGCUCGAUACCAAGCAGAACGAGGUCAGCGCCGAGGAUCAAGAAGUGAUGAAUGAGAUGCAGAUGCUGUUGGGCGAAUUUGAAAUUGUCAACAGUGAGGGAGGUGAAACACAGCAAAAGUCGAGCUUUGAACUUCUCAAGCAAUGUGCGGGUGUGCUGGAAAAGAAUAUUGAGCGACUGGCUCAACGUGCUGAGUAUAUCCAGCAACAAAAUGAACUCAUCAAGUCAUUGCGAGAAAGCAUGAAAAAUUACGAAGACAACCUGGACGAUGGAAUCUCCCGGGAACGUGAAAUGGAGCUCCAGAGAAUUAUCGAAGACCAAGCCCGUGAGCUCGACCUCGUGAGCUCGGCCUGGUAUCACCUCCAGAGCCGAUGGCAGAAUAAUAACAUGACCGUCUCUCGCUACCGCCAAGGCGCAACUAUGACCGAUCCUCGGGGCUGGUUGGCGAAACAGCGAAGUUUGAUUGCUGGUUGA